UGAUGACCAGGAAGCAAUGGUGCACUAAUGAUUUCUUGGACCACUCCAUGCUUGCUUCAGAAUUGUGGUUUUUGUAGUCACUUGGGGCUUGGUCCCUGUCGUGGCGGGCUAUGGGAACCAGCGUGGCAGCCGUGAUAAGUUAUUACAGGAACCGAUGGAACGAAGAGAGUGAGCCGGAGGUCAGGGAUAUGCCAUAUGCCCUUAUAUUCGCCUUCGUGCUUCCAGCCGCUCGAUUUAUUCUGGACAAGUCCGUUUUCGAGAUCUUGGCAAGAAGGUUCGUCCGUAGCAAAGCUAUUUGGAAAAGGGAUGACUCGCUCACCUCAGAUAAGGGUUCUCCGGCUGCCAUUGACAGGGAGGCCCUGUUGAAGACUCACUCUAAAUACAAGGAGUCGCUGUGGAAGAUCGCCUACUAUCUCUCGUCAUGCAUCUUCUGCUUCUUUGUGACGUUUGGAGAACCCUGGCUCACGGAUACGAAGUAUUACUGGAUCGGACCUGGUUCGAAAGUCUGGCCAGAUCAAAUGGCGAAGCUGAAGGCCAAGGUCCUGUUCGGCUACUUCGCGGGAUUCUACGUCUAUAGCAUCUUCGCCAUUCUCUUCUGGGAGACUCGACGCAAGGACUGGCUUGUUCAUUUGAUCCAUCAUAUUUGUUGCGUAACCAUGUCAAUUGUCUGCUAUCACUUCAGGGUAUUCCGAAUGGCCCCUGCAGUCAUAGGACUACACGAUAUAAGCGACGUGCUGCUUGAGGUCGCAAAGCUGUGCUUAUACUCAAAAUUUGAGCUGGGAGCAAAUGUUUCUUUUGCACUUUUCGCGACAACCUGGGUGAUGUUCAGGUUGUGGUGGUUCCCUCGAAACGUCCUGUACAGCUUCUGUUGUGAAACGAUCAAAUACUGGGAUCUGAAAAGAUACCCAGUACUCCUUCCACGGCUCUACUACGCCCUCAACUUCGCAACUAUUAUGAUGAUAGAAAUGCACUGCUACUGGUGGAUACUCAUCUGUAGAGUACUAUACAGGCAGCUAGUCGCUGGCCGUGUGGAAGGCGACGUCCGAUCUGAUGAAGAAGAUGAUUGACAGUUUUGGUGGUAUUAGCUUGCCUUGAACUGUUGAUCUCCACUCUGUAUUGUUUUUCCACCACAAUGUCCACUGGCAGUUUUUGCUAACCCCUCAUUAUACCAUUACCCAGUGGAAUCCAUUCUAGCACAGUGCAGGUCCUACCAAACUGCCCGAGUCUCCACAGUUCUAACAAAGCUCGUGAACAUUGAUUGCUCCUGAUUCUGAUGCCAGAUGCUCGCUAACCUUUGCCAGGCAAACUU